AUGUUCCUUUUUACAAAGACCUCGCCGGUUAAAACGCUCUUUUCUCCAGCGGUGUGUCCUCGGCUUUACCGAGGAUUGAGUUCGAAGAGUAAUCCAUCAGAAAAAGAGGCAGAGGAAAGCAAAGCCCAGCAACAGAAAUAUCAAGAGUUAGAAAAACUUCAAUAUCGACCGUUGUACUUAGAUGCGCAAGCGACAACACCAAUGGAUCCACGUGUACUGGAUCAAAUGUUGCCGUACAUGACGCAUUUGUAUGGAAAUCCUCAUUCGAGAACACAUGCUUUCGGAUGGGAAAGUGAAAAGGCAACAGAGGAUGCACGAGAAAAAGUUGCGAAGUUAAUCAAUGCGGAUCCGAAGGAAAUUAUUUUUACAAGUGGAGCUACUGAGUCAAACAAUAUCGCUGUUAAAGGUGUUGGACGAUUCUAUAAAGAAAAGAAGAAACACGUCGUGACAACACAAACUGAGCACAAAUGUGUGUUGGACUCAAUGAGAGUUUUAGAAAGUGAAGGUUUCAAAGUAACUUAUCUUCCAGUGAACAAAAAUGGACUUCUUGAUUUGAAAGAACUCGAAUCUGUUCUCACACCAGAGACAAGUUUAUGUUCAGUGAUGAUGGUCAACAAUGAGAUCGGUGUUCGUCAACCAAUCGAAGAAAUUGGCAAAUUAUGUCGAUCGAAGAAAGUUUUCUUGCAUACGGACGCCGCUCAAGCUGUGGGAAAGAUUCCGAUCGAUGUUAAUAAGAUGAAUAUCGAUCUGAUGUCAAUCAGUGGACAUAAAAUCUACGGUCCCAAAGGUGUUGGCGCACUUUACAUCCGUCGACGACCACGUGUUCGUCUUGAUCCGAUUCAAACUGGUGGUGGACAAGAACGAAAUAUUCGGAGUGGAACAGUUCCUACUCCACUCGUUGUUGGUCUCGGCGCUGCAUGCCAAAUAGCUCAAGAAGAACUUCCUAAUGACGAAAAACGCGUUUCACAGUUAGCGAAACGAUUAAUUGAUGGAAUCACCAGUCAAUGUACGCAUGUCAUUCUCAACGGUGAUGCCAAAUCACGUUAUCCUGGUUGUGUCAAUCUCUCCUUUGCUUAUAUCGAAGGCGAGUCAUUAUUAAUGGCACUUAAAGACAUCGCAUUAUCAUCGGGAAGUGCCUGUACAUCUGCAUCAUUGGAACCGUCGUAUGUUCUGCGUGCGAUUGGUGCUGAAGAAGAUUUAGCACAUUCAUCCAUUCGAUUUGGUAUUGGUCGUUUUACCACCGAAGCUGAAGUUGAUUAUACAAUUGCCAAAACAGUUGAACAUGUGAAACGACUUCGCGAAAUGAGCGUUGCUAUCAUUUGCAAAAGUCGAACAGCGACAUAUUAUGUCAAAGAUGAUAGUGAAUUACAAGAACAUAUUGAUGAAAACGAGAAAAUUAUCGAGAAAUAUCAUCGAAAGAUCAAUGAAAUAUUUCAGCUGAUUAAAGAGAAUACAGAUGAUCAGAAGGAGAUCCAUUGGUCACCCAUUGCGCUGGAUUUCAAAAAAAUGGAAGAAGAACAAAAGCGAUCGUGCAUGGAAAAGAAAACUCAACUAAUGACUAAUCAACAAAGCAUUCCGGAAGACAAAGGCGUUUAUUUAUAA